CGCGUCUGCCUCUCUCAGUCUGCCUCCAUCUCUCUCGCCCCGCGCCACACCUCUUGCUCACUACCCAACAUGCUCGAAGCGCGUCUCAACGAGGCAGCUAUUUUGAAGCGUCUGCUCGAUGCCAUCAAAGAGCUCGUCACCGACGCCAACUUUGAGUGCAAUGAGGAGGGCCUGAACCUCCAAGCAAUGGACAACUCGCACGUCGCGCUCGUCGCGGUCAACCUCAAGGCCUCGGGGUUCAAGCGGUACAGAUGUGACCGCCCCAUCCCUCUCGGCGUGAACCUCGCGUCGUUCACGAAGGUUCUCAAGUGCGCGAAGGACGACGACGUAUGCAUUCUCAAAGCGAACGACGACGCGGACGUGCUCAGCCUGACGUACGAGGCGCGAAACACGGACCGGAUCGCGGAGUACGAGAUGAAGCUGAUGGACAUCGACGCGGACGCGCUGAACAUCCCUGACACGGACUACGACGCGCGCGUCACGAUGCCUGCGAACGAGUUCGGCCGCAUCGUGCGCGAUCUCUCGCAGCUUGGCGAGUCCGUCCGCAUCGAGGUUUCCAAGGAGGGCAUCCGCUUCAUCAGCGACGGCGAGGCCGCCAACGGCAACAUCCUCCUCCGCGACACCCAGGCGAGCUCCCGCAAGGGCGGCGCGUCGUCGUCGAAGAAGGACGAGGAACCAGAAGAGGAGGACGAGCCAGAGGAGGAAGACGAGGACGAGGAGAAGCCUAAGAAGAAGAUCAAGAAGGAGAAAGUCAAGAAGGAGGAGGGUGAGGGUGAGGACGUGGAGAUGAACGAGGAUGGGGAAGAUGAAGAGGAACAGGAGUUCAAGCCGAAGGGCGGAGAUGAGGACGAGGACGAGGACGAUGAACAGGAGGAGUCUUCGAGCAAAAAGCGCAAGAAGGCGCCGGCGAAGAGCUCCAAGCCUUCCAAGAAGGCAAAGAAGGACGACGACGACGAGCUGGCCGAUGGCGUUAAGAUCGAGAUAAACGCCCACGUCAACCUGACAUUCAGCUUGAAGUACCUCGUCAACUUUUCAAAGAGUGGCUCGCUAUCAAACAUCGUGCAGCUCAUGAUGAGCAACGACGUUCCUUUGCUAGUCUCGUAUGAGUUCGGCCAAGGCCACAUCCGGUACUACCUCGCACCCAAAAUUGGCGAUGACUGAAACCAUCGUACACAUCUAUAUCUCCUUGUCGCGUCUGGUCGUAGCUAAUUGCAUUUGCUGUGUAUUGAACUUUGCUCAUCACUAGUCUGUCUACUGUGCGGGCAUGUUGCAUGCAGUACAGGGACGUACCCACGGAAGCCCUAGGCGUCUCCUGGGCCAGUCAAAACCACGCUGAAUACCGGACAUCGCGUAUGGAACGACUGCAGCAUCGUGGAUUGUCUCCCUUCCAAUAUUGUUCUCUUCCACUAUGCGGAAUGUACAUUUUUCCUCGUUCCUGGCUGUUCGCGACGAAUCCUGGGCGUUUCACAGUGUGUGCGACUGGACAGUGUCUUGCAAACUCGCGCUGAGCGUCGAUUGAGCUCAGUGACAGGUGUACUUGCGUAUGCAUGAUGCCAGUGCUCUGUGACAACACCAGGAAUCCAAAGAUUGUAGAUACCGCUACCCCUUC